AUGAGUAUCCACCUCUUGUUAUUGUCUCUUCCCUACGCAAGCCCAGUUUCUUUCGAAAUACAACAAUUUAAUGCAACCACAGCCAGCAUUGUCUACGAGGGUGAUGCAGAACCGGUGGAUGGAGUAGCUGAGCUGACCAACAAAGUUCAAUAUGUAGGCCGUGUUGGAAGAAUUACAUCUGCUGAGAGAGUCCCACUCUGGGAUUCUCAUAAUAGAAAGUUCAGUGAUUUCAGCACUAAUUUUUCAUUCCUCAUAGAUAAGAAAGGCCAGGGUACUUAUGGCAGUGGAUUUGCAUUUUAUCUUGCUCCUUGGGGAUAUCCAAUUUCGCCAAACUCAGGUGGUGGAUUUCUAGGCCUAUUCAAUGAAUCGACCAUCAGCGGUGAUCCGGAAAAACAGGUUGUUCUAGUUGAAUUUGACUACUAUGUAGACGAUGAAUGGGAUCCUCCAUGUCAGCAUAUAGGGAUCAGCAGAAACUCACUUUCUUCAGUUGCCUGCAAAUGUUGGAACGUUAACUUGCAUGAUGGAGAAAUUGUAGAAGUAUAUGUCAACUACAAUGCUACAACAACAAAUCUAAGUGUCCAUUGGAGCUACAGAAAUCAUGAUGGUCGUAGCGGGGAUCCUACGAGUCUGUUUUACAUAAUUGAUCUGACGAAAAUUCUACCCGAGUGGGUAUCAGUUGGAAUUUCAGGUGCCACUAGUCAAUAUGGCGAGCGCCACAAAAUUCUAUCAUGGCAGUUCUAUUCCACUUUGGAUGAUAUACAAUCGAGUCCGGUACCUCAUGAAAAUAAAAAAAUGAUACAAUUAAUGGAAGCAAUUGUACUUAUAGCGUUAGCACUGGUAUUUGGAGUGUUAAUAGCAAAACCUGUUAUAUUGUUUUUCAACUGGCUGAUCAAUUUAUGUAGGAGAAACGAAAAUCAACCAAGACCAUAUUCAGCACUUGUAGCAGAGAUACCACAUUUAUCAUCAACUCAUGAAGCUGGAUGGGGACGUGUCUCUGAUCCAGAUAGAGUUCCAGCAGCACACAGUGUCGUCCACCCCGAUUAUGAUUUGGAUGGUGCAGAAAAGAAAAUUUCAUUCAUAUCCGGGCAAGGAAGAAAGAUCAACAUAUCGGUGCUGAACCGCGCUCGCUAG